AUGUUACUCUGAUUAGCUAUUGAAUUAGAUAAACAAGAUUUUAAUGCAUUUGCUGGUAUUUUUAAUUCUAACAAUAUAGAUAAAUUAAUAAAAAAUCUUUUAUCACGUGCAACUGUCUUUAAAUUAGAUAUAACACAACCAGAAGAUAUUGAUCUUGCUUAUGAAACGAUAAGCAAUAAAAUUGUUAAUAAUGUUGGAAUUGGUACUUCUUUAACAACACAAACAUGUCGUCCACCAAUUAAUGUACAUAAUCAAAUCUAA